AUGACAGAUAAACUGGAUGUAUGUUGUUCAAAAUUUAGUGAUGAAAUAUCUAAACUUCAAAAGCAUAUGGAAUUAGUUUAUGCUCAAUUUAAAGGUGCUAAAUUAAUUCGACAAUCAGCACUCACAAGUGAUAAUGUAAUCACCUUGCUUAUAGAUUGGUCAGAGAAUUAUAAUUUAAAACAAGCAAGAGAAGAACGUUGUAUUGGUGAUGCCAUCGGUGCUACUAGUAAGCGAUUAUUUGAUAAUGCAGCUCGAUUAAAUCCAGAUGAAUUAUUUAAAGGUGCUGAGGAUUUUAUGGAUAAAACAUAG